AUGAUUGUAAAUCGAAGUCUAACUAUUUUCUAUCAAUUCUUCGUCAUAUUAACAAUAUCGAAAUACAGCUUUUCGGAAAUUCAUCCCGACGAUCAAUUACUUAAUAUUCUCAGUACAUUACAACCAUUUCGUUCUCAAUUUUGUCAAUUUAAAUUUGAAAAUUGCAUACAAGAUUCAACGUUUGCUGAUCAACUAGAUAACGAUUGUAACAUCUAUUCACGUUUACGUGAUUGUUUUCGUUCAUUACUCGACGAACCGCAAUGUUUAACAUUACAACUUAAACGUCAAUAUAAACAAGCAAAACAAAAUGAAUAUGAAUCGUGUGGUAUUGCUUUAUCCUUAGAAUCAAUCAAUUCAUCAAUCAAUACGUCUUCAUCAAUGAAAUUAAAUAUUCAUUUUCUAACAGCAUAUUUUCUAUUUAUUACUUCGAUUUUAUUAUCACUUGUUUAA